UCCAAAAGGCGGGAAAUUAGUGAGAAUACCGUCCAACCAGCAACUUGUAUUACCUCAGUACUAGUCUUAUCCACAACAAAUCCUUUUUCAAUCUUCAUCUUCUUCUACUCACUUCCCUCUUCCCACAACCAUGAACACUCCCCUAAUUCUCCCAAAUUAUCUCACUUUAUCUUCCCCAAUUUUAAAUUUUCCAAACCCUAAACCUAAUCUCUCUCCUAAACUCCCUUCACUUUCCUCCAAUUUCCACCUCUUCCGCUCUCUUCUCCUCCAUCAAAACCCCUUCCUCAAGAUGAAUCGGGCAAUCAAUUUGAAUAACUCAGUUAAUGCGUCGGAAGAUGAAUUUUGUGGUGAUGAUUUGGUAGUUGAAGCGUCUCUUACUAGAAUUCUUCCACCUGCUUUGACAUUGGAGCAUGGUGUUGUUGCAUUGAAGGAUGCGCUUCAGGAAUUUAAGCUUAAUCCUCCGAGUUCUGCUAGUGGUUUAAUUAGAUUUCAGGUAGCUGUGCCCCCAAGUGCGAAUGCUUUGGACUGGUUCUGUUGUCAGCCUGAGGCAUCGGGAGUGUUUCCUCAGUUUUACAUGUCCAAGCAAUCAAAGAAUCCAACUCGCGAGUCAGCUUUCUUUAACAAGACUCGUGGGGUUUUUGGAAUUGGAGCUGCGGUUUCUUUUAGACAGUCAUCUUCUAGAUCUGAUGAGUGGAACUCAUUUAGAAGAUAUUUGUUGGUUGAUUCACUCAAUAUCACAGUGUAUGGCUUCAUUGAUAGCAAUAACGACAUCAAAUCUUCUUUUAUGAAGCAUGAGACUGGUUCAUUGUACUUUAUAAUUCCUCAGAUAGAACUAAAUGAAUGUGAAGGGUUCUGCAUAUUAGCUGGGACACUUGUAUGGAGUGACUCGUUCUGGUGUAAUUUCAAGCAAGCUCUUUAUUCUUAUGAGAAUUCUCUCUUACAGGCAAUCAAUCAUUUUCCUGCUAUGCUGGAGAAUUGCUGUGCAAAUAUGAUGAAGUCGACUGUCAACAUCUUCAAUAUGGUAGAGGAUAGAAAGAUGGAAAUGGUUUACAUGGAAGCCCCGUUGUUGGGUAGUUACAGUAAUGCUGCUAGUAUUGUGGAAAUGAAAAAUAUUGCAUCUUCAUGUCAGUUCUGCAUCAGGCUUUCCCAGAAGACAGCAGUUUCAAACAAUAUGUUGGAUGAUACCAGUGUAACAAGUUCUAUCCUGCAAGAGUGUGCCAACAUCAAUUCUGUCUGGGCAUCGCUUAUUGUUGAGGAAUGUUCUCGACUUGGCUUAACGUAUUUUUGUAUAGCCCCAGGAUCAAGGUCAUCUCCUCUUGCAGUUGCAGCAUCAACUCAUCCACGUAUAACUUGUAUUGCAUGCUAUGAUGAGCGAUCACUUGCAUUCCAUGCCGUCGGGUAUGCCAGAGGAUCUCAGAUACCUGCUGUUGUUAUUACAACGUCUGGGACUGCAGUUUCAAAUCUGUACCCCGCUGUUGUGGAGGCUAGUCAAGAUUUUGUACCUCUAGUAUUGCUCACAGCUGAUCGCCCUACAGAAUUGCAUGCUGCUGGAGCAAAUCAAGCAAUCGAUCAGGUGAACCAUUUUGGCUCUUAUGUGAGGUUCUUCUUCAAUCUUCCAGCACCAACUGAUCAUAUCAAAGCAAGAAUGGUUCUCACAACUGUUGAUUCUGCUGUCAAUUGGGCUACUUGUUCACCAUGUGGUCCUGUUCAUAUCAACUGUUCUUUUAGGGAACCAUUGGAAAACAGUCCCCAAAUUUGGAUUAGAAGCUGUUUAGACAAGCUGGAUUUUUGGAUCUCAAGCACUCAACCUUUUACUAAAUAUAUCAAAGUGCAAUCGUCUUAUGCGCAUGCUGCCUCUUAUGGCCUAACAUCUGAGGUUGAAAGGACGAUUAAGAAUAGUAAGCAUGGGCUAUUAGUCGUUGGUGCUAUACACCAAGAAGAUGAAAUUUGGGCAGCUCUUGUAUUAGCUCAACAUCUUUCAUGGCCUGUUGUUGUGGACAUCUUGUCAGGCUUACGAUUACGAAAGCUAUUGACUUCUUACCGUGAAUAUGAGAAGAACUUUGUUUUCAUUGACCACUUUGAUCACGUGCUGCUCUGUGAUGCAGUCAGGCAAUGGGCAGAAUUAGAUGUAAUUAUUCAGGUUGGGAGCAAGAUAACAAGUAAAAGGAUUUCUCAAUUUCUGGAACAUUGCUUUCCGUGUUCAUAUAUAAUGGUUGACAAGCACCCUUGUCGACAUGAUCCUUCACACAUAGUGACACAUCGGAUUCAGAGCACAAUCUCACAAUUCACUGGGGGUCUUCUGAAAGACACUUUUCCAUAUACUACAAGCAGCAAAUGGAGUAGUUUUCUGCAAGUUGCAAAUUCGGUGGUGGUUUGGGAGUUAACGUUUCUAAUCUGCUCUGAGUACUCACUGACUGAACCUCAUGUUGCACAUAUAAUUUCAGAAGUAGUUGGCUCUGAUACUGUUUUAUUCAUUGGAAAUAGUAUGGCUAUACGUGAUGCAGACAUGUAUUCUCAAGGAGUUGUAAGUUGCACUAAUCAAACAUCUCAGUCAGCAUUACUAUGCCAAGGGAUACACAUAGCGGGCAAUAGAGGAGCUAGUGGUAUUGACGGUUUGCUAAGUUCAGCUGCUGGUUUUGCUGUGGGAUGCAAGAAAAGGGCAUUGUGUAUAAUUGGAGAUGUUUCUUUUCUUCAUGAUACAAAUGGUUUGGCAAUAUUGAGUUCAAGGAUGGGGCGGAAGCCUAUGACAUUACUUGUUAUCAACAAUCGUGGUGGUGGGAUCUUCAGUUUCCUUCCAAUCGCAGAAAAAAUUGACUCUGAAAUUUUGGGAAAGUAUUUCUAUUAUAAUCAUCGCAUUUCAGUCAACGAGCUAUGUGCUGCACACGGUGUGAAGCAUCUGCUGGCAGAGACAAAACUGGAACUUCAUGAAGCUUUAUUAACAUCCCAACAGGCUGAUGUUGAUUGUGUCAUAGAAGUUUCAGGUGCAAUCAACACUAAUGCAGCAUUUCAUAGUCUCUUGAAAAAUUAUGCUGCCCAAGCGGCAUCUCAUGCUUUCACAACUCUAUCACAACUUUCUCCUCCAGAAUCAUCUGCAAAUGAUUUCUUAUAUAAAGUUGCCAAAUUGGAGUACUCGUUGUAUGGAGUCAGCCUUGCUGCUCCACCAACUUCAGUUUCCGCUGACAGAACUCCGUCAAAUUAUGUUAGACAAGGCUUCAUUUUAGCUUUGACUCUUGAUGAUGGAAGUACUGGGUUUGGUGAGAUUGCACCUCUUGAAAUUCAUGAAGAAAAUUUGCAAGAUGUGGAAGAACAGCUGCGCUUCCUUCUCCAUGCCCUAAAAGGAGCUACUAUUAGCUAUCAGCUUCCCCUGUUGAGAGAGUCUUUUUCUGUGUGGAUAUGGAGAGUAAUUGGAGUUCCGCCAGGAUCUCUAUUCCCAAGUGUUCGAUGUGGCCUAGAGAUGGCAACUUUGAAUGCUAUAGCUGCAAGACAAAAGUGCACUUUGCUUGGUAUACUCUGGCCUCAACCAGUUCAAAUCAAUGUCAAAAACCAGCAGCCAGCAAGCAUUGAUAUCUGUGCCCUUGUUGAUGCUGAAGGGAGUCCACAUGAAGUUGCAAGUACUGUAUCUGCUCUUGUUGAAGAAGGGUUUCGUGCUGUUAAAGUAAAGGUAGGUCGCAGAGAUGAUCCGAGGGAAGAUGGUGCAGUUAUUAAGGAAAUAAGAAGAAAAAUUGGUGCUGAGGUUGAACUUCGUGUGGAUGCUAACCGUAAAUGGACCUACGAAGAGGCUAUCAUAUUUGGAUCUCUUGUCAAGGAUUGUGACUUACAAUAUAUUGAGGAACCUGUACAGUGUGAAGAAGAUAUUGUGAGGUUCUGUGAAGAUUCUGGCUUGCCUGUUGCAUUAGAUGAAACCAUUGACAAUAUUCAAGGAAAUAUAUCUGAUUCUUUGGCCAGAUUCACGCAUCCAGGAGUGGUGGCUCUUGUAAUUAAGCCAAGUGUUGUUGGUGGAUUUGAAAAUGCAGCAGUAAUUGCAUGGUGGGCUCAUAUUAAGGGUAAAUUGGCUGUUGUGAGUGCAACCUUUGAAACUAGUCUCGGAUUGUCUUCCUAUGUUCAGUUUGCAUAUUAUCUUGAGAUGAGAAGUUCAGAAAUAUCCCAAGCAGUAGAUAAGAAACCGACAAAAUGUGUAUCUCAUGGUCUUGGAACAUACAAAUGGCUGAAAGAAGAUUUAACACUUGAUCCACUUGUUAUUUGCCGACAGCCAAAGAGUAGAUUUAUAGGUGCAUCUAUCGACGAUGCUGAUCGAGUCCUCCGCAAUUUCCAAGUUAACUGCAAUGUUAUCUCAAAAAGGUCUGUUGAAGAGAACAUAUCUACUUAUCAGCUUGGCGUGAAAGUAGAUGAUUGUUCUUAUGUGAUCAAGGUGCAAGAGAUGGGAGAAAGGAGAGAUGGAAAUACACUUCUAUUUCUUCAUGGUUUCCUGGGAACUGGUGAAGACUGGACCCCAAUCAUGACAGCUCUUUCAGGAUCUGCAAAAUGCUUGUCUAUUGAUCUUCCUGGCCAUGGAAGCUCAAUACUACAAUCACUUGAUGAUAGUGGCAAUCCAACUGAAGGGCAAAGUUUAUCAAUUGAACUAGUUGCUGCAGUCUUGAGCCAGUUGAUAAAUAAAAUUAGCACAGGAAAAGUCACUCUUAUUGGGUACUCUAUGGGGGCCAGGAUAGCAUUGUACAUGGCAUUGAGAUUCAGUGGCCAGAUUGAUGGAGCUGUCGUGAUUUCUGGAAGUCCUGGUUUAAGAGAUGAAAUGGAGAGAAGGAUUCGUGCUGCAAAAGAUGAUUCUCGCGCACAGUCAAUCAUCUCCUUUGGUUUGGUGCCUUUCCUGGAAAACUGGUACAGCAGUGAUUUGUGGAAUAGUUUCAGGGGACACCCAAGUUAUGAUAAGGUUGUAGCAAGUCGCUUGGAGCAUCAUGAUAUUCAUGGUCUAGCAAAGGCUUUGUCUGGUUUGAGUAUUGGAAGGCAGAUGCCACUCUGGGAAGACUUGAAACACUGCAAAAUACCUCUUAUGUUUGUUGUUGGAGAAAAAGAUGAGAAAUUCAAGAGUAUCAGUCGGAAUAUCAGCCGUAUAAUGGGUCAGACAACAAAUCAUGAAGUAGUUGAAGUUUCUGAUUGUGGACAUGCUGUUCACUUGGAAAAUCCUCUAGCACUUGUUAGACUGCUGAGACAAUUUUUGACAAAAACAAGCUAGCAAGGAACAUCGAAAUCUGCUGGAUUAGUUGCAACUUGCAAGUAAGCUCAUUCUAGCCAUCUAAUUAUUUGCCCGCAUCCCAAUCCAUCCUUGUGAAGGUGCUCCAUAAAGAUCUCUCAAAUGAUCGAAGAUAACAUGUUAAUAAAAUGAAAGAACAGGUUGAAUUUUGGAAAUGCUAUCUGAAUUUACUCGUGUAGUACAACUACAGUUUGAUUAAAGCUGUCUCAGUACACUGUGAUGAGCAAUCCUUAAUUCAAUCUGUUAAUUUACUUUAAUUGUUGAAUAACUAUAAUUCAAUCUACUUUGGGAAGAGACCUUUUCUGGGUAUGCCGUAAUGUUUUUAGCUCGACAAUGCCGAAUAGGGAGGGAAACUACAGUUCUUGUUGGCUGUUCUCGCUUUAACCAACUGAGAAAUGUACUUUGAAGUACUGUACUUUUAGUAUAUUUGUAUUGGCAAUGUAUAAAUGUAAGUGAAUUCUUGUAUUUUUACAAGGCUGAUAUAGACUAUGGAACAGAAUAUGGAAGAAUGCGUUUUGUUCA